GUAGAUCAUUCAGUUGAACUGCACCGGUUACUCAGCUAACACAAGCCACAAAGCUUCAGUUCACUGGGAUCUGACCUGCUCUGAAUAACAUGUUUUGAUCCAGCAUAAGCUAAGACAACUUUAAUAAGGCCAGAGGCUUUUCAAGGCAUCCAGAAGCAGCCCACAGGAAUUUUGAGAGUGGAGCUGAAUGAAGCCAUGGAGAUGAGUCAGAAUUUCAUGAACCUACUGGAUGGAUGUGAGGAGCUAAAGCCAGGUUGCUGUUAAACUAUAUCUUAAGAGGGAGCAGACCGCGAACACGACCCCAUCGGAGGGAACGGCAUCCCUUAGCGUGAGGCUCUGGCACCACCUGCGGGCGACCCGGCUGUCCACAACGCGUGUGUCCCAGCGCCCCUUCCCUCCGAGGCUCCCGGCGUGCGGACCGACACGGCCCAGCGCACGGCUGGACAGCAGCGCGCCCCUUCCCGUCCGGCACAGCCGCCCCGCAGCGCUCCGGGAUCCCCGGGCAAGGCGAGGGGCACCUGAGGGGGAGCGGCCAUGUCGCGCCCCGCCCCGGCGCAUGCGCGGCGGCACCCCGGGAAGAUGGCGGAGGCCGAGGAGCCGAGGCGGCGGAUCCCGCUGGUGCCGGAGAACUUGCUGAAGAAGAGGAAGGCGUACCUGGCCAUCAAGGCCACCCAGGCCAAGCAGGCGCUGCUUAACAAGCGCAAGCAGCAGAAGGGGAAACAAAUCCAGUUCAGACGCCUUGAGACUUUUGUUCGGGAUUCGUGGCGCAAACGCCGCGAUGACAGCCGGCUGAGGCGCAUGGAGCAGAGACCCGGGCAGGCGGCGGCACCUCGGGAGCACAAACUGGCCUUCGUUGUGCGGAUUGUGGAUAUUAAGGGAGUGACCAGGAGGGUAAAAAGAGUGAUGGAGUUGCUUCGGCUGAGAAAGAAUUUCACCGGGAUAUUUGUUAAACUGACCCCGUUAACCCUGAAGUUGCUGCGGGUCGUGGACCCUUACGUGGCAUGGGGACACCCAAACCUGAAAUCUGUACGAGAGCUCAUCCUGAAACGGGGCCAGGCCAAGAUCAAUAAGAAGAGGAUGCCUCUGACAGACAAUAUGCUGAUAGAGGAACAUUUAGGGGGCUGUGGUAUUAUUUGCCUGGAAGACCUUAUUCAUGAAAUCUACUCAACUGGGAGGUAUUUCAAUAAAGUCACAAAGUUUCUGUGGCCAUUCCACCUGUCGGUGGCUCGCCACGCGUCACGUAACAGAGUGGGUUUCCUCAAGGAAAUGGGAAAGCCUGGCUACAGAGGGGAAGCCAUCAACCAGCUCAUACGUCAGCUCAACUAGUCAGGGUCUUUGUGAAAACUUCAGGAUUUAUAACCUGUUCCUUUUCACAUGUACCUCUAGUGGACAUUAUCUGUAUGCAAGGAUCUCUCUUGACUGUUGGUGCCUCUAUAAAAAGAAGAAACACAGAGAUGAUGAUGGAGAUGGACUUUAGCUGGUCCUGGUCCUUCUUACAAGAAGAUAUAUACUAUUGGAUACAAGAAUGAGCUUCCUUGAGAAAUUUGACUUUUGCAUCUCUGUUAAACAAGGUUUUUUAUGCUCACUACUGCAGACUUCACUCCUUGAAGUGCACCUGCUUCUGGGUGUGAAGGGGUAGUGCAGUCACCUGUUUAAGAAUAGGCAGCACAGGCAGAAGAAAACAUCAGGUUUCUCUGUUACUGCAGUGCCACCCCUUAUAGUGAAUAAUAUAAUUUUUUAGUUACCUAGAUUGUAUUUAUUUGAAAAAAAAGAAAAGACAUGGUUUUGUGCUACCGAUUUACAGAAUCACUUUUCACUUCUGCUAGAUUGGGACUGCUGGAAAGAAUUAUUUCCUGGUAGGAAAGCCCAGAAGGUUUGUAAUACAGCGGUGGGGUACAUGUAGUCAAAUGUUUUUUAAAUAAACUUCUGGAAUUAUAUUAUUAUAA